UUCAACAAGCACUAACAAAACGGUCAAAACAGAUAUGAGCAUUGGCCUUUCCAGCUUGAUUGAAAGAUUGUCAACAAGCGAGGGAAUGGAUAUACUUCAAAAGUUACUGUCUUGUGCAGAAAGAGAUAAAUCACUGUCUAUCGUUAUUCCGCCGACCUUCGAAAUCGAAAAGUAUCUGGAUAUGCGUGCUCUGUUGAGGGAACUAGGCGUCGAGCAAUUAUUGACGUCCGACGCGAUUCCUUUGGACCACAUCUUUGUGGAAGACGAUCAAAGCGCGCACUUCGGCAAUGCCGUGCACCGUGCUCGUGUCAAGGUCACGCAGGAGGACGUCAAGGCGGCUGCAGUAACCGUAAUCAGCGGACAGGAACCCUGUUCGAACGACAUUAUAACCGACGUAAAUACCGAUUAUCCAUUUCUUUGGUUAAUUUACGAUAAAAUGAAAGCAGAUAUUCUCUAUAUCGGCGUCUUUAAUGAAGUUAACAAGCCCGUUUCUUGAAUUGGGUUGACAGAUACAAAUCCUAUCAAACGAACUGGUCAUUCUAGGAGUUUAUUGAAAAGUUUUCAUAAUUAUGAUAACAAAUUUAAGGGAAGCCAGUUUUGAAGCUUUAAAAAAUAUGAUUUUCGAGAAUUUUUUAUUGGAAAAACUUUACAGCGUAUUAUUUGGAAAUAUUUAGGCAAUUGUUAUUAAAUUUUCGUAUAAACAUUUUAUUUAUUUAAAAAUGUAGACUGUGAAGAUCGCCCAUGAGGAAUCUUUUUGCCGUGGGAAUUGCAAAUUGACAAGUAAUUUCAUAUACAUCUAAAUUUGUCUGAAAUUAAAUACUAAAAAUUUAUUAUUAUUUCAGUCUAAAUCUGCACCAUAUUGUUAAAUUUAAACUUUUUUUUUAUUUUAUUUAUUAAUCAGCAAUACAAUAUAUUAAAUAAUAAAAAAAUAGAUGUUUUAAUUUAAAACCAAUUUAGAUAUAUGAAAAUGCUCGCAAAUUUACAACUGGUGAUUAAGAUACGAGUUGAUUUUUAUAAAGCGCUCUUUACAGACCAUUCAUUGCAGAACAUUUAUAUAUAUAUAUAUGUAAAUAAUUAAUAAUUGCUUGAAAUUUUGCAAAUAUCCGCUAUGCUGUUUUACUAAAAAAAUUGUCAAAUAAUAUCUUUUUUAGCUUUUCUUAAAUUUAGAAGUACACAAAUCGGAUAUAUUUUUUGAAAUGGUGAUUGGUAACAGAUAUGUAGUUGAUGGAAAAUGUACAUAUCUUAGUUUAUAAUUUUUAAGUCGAUUUAUUUGUCGAUUUCAGGUACUUUGCAUUAUAUCAGCUCGAUAUAUUCUAUGAUUAAUUUAUGUUAAACUGAUAAAAUAACACAA